AUGGAUACCUACAUCAAGGAGUUCUUGGCAGCCGGCAUCAUCCGUGCCUCUACUUCUCCAUCCGGAACAGGCUUCUUCUUUGUGGGGAAGAAAGACGGGGGUCUUAGGCCAUGUAUUGAUUACCAGGGCCUCAACAAGAUCAUGAUUUUUUAUUGUCCUUUCCGAAACCUCUUCAUUCCUGUGUUUCUGAACUGUUGGCUGGCAAAACGUGCUUUGGAAAACAUGGUUAAUGAUCUUCAUCGUGCUAUUCACCGGACACAGUCAGCCAUGUUCAAUCAGCUCCUCAUCCUCAUCUCCACUAUCAUCUGCCUCAUUUUCACUUUCAUUUGUGGUGUUGAGCACUUGCAGCGUGCUGGUACAAAAGUCACAGUUUUCGACUCUUUCUACUGCAUCGUGACAUUCUCUACAGUGGGGUUUGGAGAUGUCAUUCCUGAUAUCUGGGCCUCCAAGUUGCUGGUUGUUAUUUUGAUAUUUGUGGCUUUAGUAGUCCUGCCUAUCCAGUUUGAGGAGCUGGCCUACUUGUGGAUGGAGCGGCAGAAGUCAGGAGGAGAUUACAGCAAACAAAGAGCAGAAACCGAGAGACACGUGGUGCUGUGUGUCCGUUCAGUCAAAAUCGACCUGCUGAUGGAUUUCCUAAAUGAGUUUUAUGCUCACCCCAUACUUCAGGAGUACUAUGUCAUCAUCCUUUGCCCAGCAGAGCAGGAUGCGGCGGUGAGACGGGUGCUGCGGAUCCCGAUGUGGUCACACAGAGUCAUAUAUCUGCAGGGCUCUGCCCUCAAAGAUCAAGAUCUGACCAGAGCAAAGCUGGGUGAUGCUGAGGCUUGUUUCAUUCUGACCUGCCGUUGUGAGGCUGACCGCAAUGCAGCUGAUCACCAGACCAUCCUGAGGGCUUGGGCAGUGAAGGACUUUGCUCCAAGCUGCACUCUUUUUGUUCAGAUUCUCAAACCAGAAAACAAAUUUCAUGUGAAAUUUGCAGAUCAUAUUGUUUGUGAGGAAGAGUUUAAAUUCGCUAUGCUGGCCCUGAACUGCAUCUGUCCUGCCACGUCCACCUUAAUCACCCUGCUGGUGCACACAUCUGAAGGCCUAGAGGGUCAGCAUUCUCCUGAGGACUGGCACAGGAUUUAUGGGAAAUGCUCAGGAAAUGAAGUGUACAGCAUUGUUCUGAAAGAAAGCGUCUUCUUUUCUGAGUAUGAGGGAAAGAGCUUCCCUUAUGCCUCUUUUAAUGCAUAUAAUAAAUACGGCAUCUGUCUCAUUGGAGUCUGUCCUGACGACACUAAGAAUAUACUGCUGAACCCUGGUUCUCAGCACAUCAUGAAACCUUUGGACGUGUGCUUCUACAUCAGUGUCACCAAAGAGGAGAACUCCUGCUUUAAGGCCAAGAAAGAGAACAAGACUCAACCUCCAACCAGCAGCGCUAUUACUAGCAUGGGUACCAUGGCUAUAGACAUGCAGGAAAUAAGCAUUCCUUCCAGUUUAGGUCCAUCGCUCUCAAUUGAAACUAAUAUAUCUGAAAAGAGAAAACCAAACGUGGUUCCUGUUCUGGAAUUGCCAGAUUCACCUUCCUUUCAGAUUGGCAACCUGCUCAUCGAUGAGUCAAAGAGCCCAUGUCAGCCCUGCACUAGAAAUCAAGGCAGCAAUGGUUACAUUAAGGAAUAUCCUCCAGAUUUACCCUACAUCGGAAGCUCACCAAUACUUUGCCAUUUACGGAAAGAGAAAGCACCCAAAUGUUGUAUGAGGCUAGAAAAGACCUGCAACCACAAAGACAAAGAAGAUGUCAAAGCAUACAGUUUGAAGAAUAAGCUCAUCAUUGUGUCUGCUGAGACCACAGGAAAUGGCCUGUACAACUUCAUCCUCCCAUUACGAGCCUCUUACAGAUCAGAGAAUGAACUGUGUCCCAUCGUGCUGCUCUUGGAACAUGAGCCAGAAGCAGAGUUUCUUGAGACUGUCUGUUGGUUCCCAAUGAUAUAUUACAUGCUUGGAUCAAUCGACAGUCUGGAUGACCUGUUGCGUUGUGGCAUCUCGUUUGCUGCUAAUAUGGUGGUGGUGGAUAAAGAGAGCACCAUGUCCGCUGAGGAAGACUAUAUGGCUGAUGCAAAAACUAUUGUUAAUGUCCAGACCCUGUUCAGGUUGUUCUCCGGCCUCAACAUCAUCACAUAGUUAACCCAUCCCGCUAACAUGAGAUUCAUGCAGUUCAGUGUAAAGGACUGUCACGCACUGGCCUUCUCCAAACUAGAGAAGAAAGAAAGAGAGAAAGGCUCAAACCUGUCCUUCAUAUUUCGCCUGCCAUUUGCAGCUGGUAAAGUGUUUAGCAUUGGGAUGCUGGACACACUGCUCUAUCAUUGUUUCGUUAAGGAUUAUAUGAUAACCAUUACCAAACUGCUGCUUGGACUAGAAACCACACCAAAAUCUGGUUUCUUAUGUUCUAUGAGUAUCACAGAGGAAGACUUGUUCAUUGAGACAUAUGGCAGACUGUAUGAAAUACUCUCCUCCACUGUAGGAGACAUUCCCAUCGGCAUCUACAGGACCGAGUCUCAGAUACUUGAACCUCCUGAGACUCCACGAUCCCAAAUGUCAGACAACGUGUCAGUCUUUGAGGAGGGAAAGGACCCGGAGGAGCAACAGCAGGGUCUUCACUGUGAACCGCCAGACAUCCAGACUCAUUCUCUGCGUCGAAGGAGCAUGCAGUGGGCAUCCAGUCUGCUGGGGCCGUGGCAUGCAGAGCGUGAAGCAGACAGACUGAGCCAGCAGCGCAGCGUCCUGCUCUCAUGCUCCGAGAGACAGGAGCUCACUGAGCUGGUCAAGAAACGCAUGAAGAACCUUGGGCUCUCCACACAGGGAUUCGAUGAGCCGAAUAAUAACCAGAGCAGUCACUCAUAUGCCUUAAUCAACCCGUCACCAGAUACAAGACUGGAGCUUAAUGACAUUGUGUACAUAAUCCGUAAAGAUCCUGUCUCAUUAAAGCUAAACAAUACUGACAAGAUCAAGAACAGCAUGAGGAGUGAUUUACAAAUAAGAGACAGGAACACAAAGAAUAAUCUCUGAAUGGAGAUCACAACCACAACAGCUGUUUAUCUUCACUGUGACACGAGUAAUGCUUGUUCUUCAGCAUCAGGUGAAGCUCUGAAAGCCAUUAAUGUAUUACCUAUACACACUGAUGUAAAGCCUUUGCUUUAUCAUACUGUAUUUGUUGCUGCCAGCAUGCUCCUGCCUCAUGCUCAGACUGACACACAGAGUUCAAAGGUCACACACAGUGAUCCAGUUAAAGUUUUCUGUUUCUGGCUGGAACUCACAUUAGGCAGCUGCUGAAUUCCUGUCAGACCCAGCUGCAGUAAUGCAUGGAUCUGCAUUUCUCACAAUCCCACUACAUGUAUAUACAUAGUGCCAGUGUAACCCACCUAAAAAGACCACAAAAAUAU